AUGCAUUUCUCGACCGCGACCAAGAUACUGGCCUUUGGCGCCAUCAUCACCACUGCCACAGCAGGUCAUGCCACCAAAUACCGUCGCCAGGCAGCUGAUGUCUGCAUGGUUGACUCGGUCACCAGCAAUCCCUCGACGGACGAUAUCAAAGCGUCUAUCGACCAAUGGAACACCGAUGUCAGUACUGUGAACGCUUUCCUCAACGAAGCCAGUGGACUGGCCCGCGGCAUGGAGAUUCAAAAUGCGACUAUGCAAACCCUGCUGUUCGCUCAGGACGAACCCUGUCAGCUCAAGACCCUGAUCAGCAACAGCGAUUUCAUUGGCGGCGGUACAGAUGCCUUCAACUGUGCUGCCAUGGACCUGAUGGUGGUCUUCGACACUCACGUGCUUCAAAACCUCAGAACCAUUAUCAUGUCACCCAGUGACGGCGAUGUCAUCACUCACGCCAUCAACGACAUCAACACCUUUAGAUGUUGCAACGUUUUGCCUGAUGCCAACAUCCUUUGGCUGGACUCUGCUACUGACAGCGGUAUUUCUGAUCAGGUCAACCUCACUCCAGGACGCGAGGAUGCUUGUGCCAACAUCGAUUGCUCUACUGUGUCCACUGCUGCUAAUUGUACUUCUCUCAACAAUGGAAACAAUCCCUUGAACUAA